UCCUUGUGGCAUUUGCCUGAGUUUUGGGGCGCCCUCAGUGCCUUGGGCAGAGGGACAAAAUGAUCCAUUGCUGCAUUUCCGGGCUGCUUCCCUCGCAGCUGCCCCUGCAGGGGCGCUUUCCAGCCAGCCCUGCUCUGCAAACCAUCAAAGGCCCUCGCUCGCAGAGCCACUGCUUGGGCUCCCCUUGGCUUUUGUGCUUCUCGCAGGCCUGAGCAAACCACAGCCACGCCUUUUCCCCCACACAAUUCUCACCUUGCAGCAGCUCUAAAGCUGCCAGAGUCAAAGCCCAGGGGGCGGGGGGGACCCUCAGGACUCGUUCCCUGCUCUGGAGCUCCCCAGGAUCGCUGAGCCACGAAUUGGAGGGGGCGGGGGGGGGAUGGGAAAGUGAUGGGAAUAAGGGAAGAAAUGGAAACGAAGAGAGGAAGAAGCCCCGGGCCCCUCUCCCAAUCCACGAGCACCCCAUGCAGGCAGCGCUGGGCCCUGAGUCACCCCAAAAUCGGAGGCACCCAGGGAAGGAGCUGCGACCCACGUGCCCACCCAGCCACUGCCCAUCCCUGGGACCCCCAUUCCUCUGAGAACCCCGACCAUGGGACCCCCAUUCCUUAUGUCCCCCCUCCCUGGGACGCCCAUCCCAGGACAGCCAUUCCCCAGCAUCUCCAUUCCCAAGGACUCCCAUCCUGGUAACUCCCGCCCCUGCAACCCUCCUCUCCCUGCCACCCCAAACCCUGAGAACCCCCACCAUGGCGACCCCCAUUCCCCUGGACCCCCAUCCGAUGUGACUCCCCCUCCUCAGCACCUCCAAUUCCCAGGACACCCCUCCUUGGCUCCCUACAGCCCCCAAGACUCCAAAAUCUGUCAACACCAUGUCCCCCCCCAUACCCCACCCUGCCCCCACCCUGCCCCCACCCAAGGCCACCAACACGUGGGGACGAGACGUGACCUCGCUUCCUGCCCGCCACCCAGGGCACAAGUGGCCCCGGCAGCGUGUGACAGCCAGCCCGGGUGGCCGGGGACAGCGGGAUGGCCGGGAAGGUGGCGCUGCUCCUGUGGGCCCGGCGGGACUGUGGUGUCCCCAUCCCUGAGACCUCCGUGCUAUACCGGUGACCCCGUGGGGACAGUUUGGGGACAGCCCCACACUCCGUGCCCCGGGUGCCGCUGUCCCCGCGGUGCCACCCCCACCCAGCCCUGUCCCUUCUCCCUUCCAGCCCAGACCCUCGGCCUCGCUGGCGCCCAGACCACCCAGCUCCUCGUGCAGCCCCCCUGGACGCCGCCGGUGCUGUGGGACCGGGUGACACUGACCUGCCAGGGCUCGGGCACCGCCGCUGCCACCACCUGGUACAAGGACGGGCAGCGCUGGCGGCUGCAGGGACACGACCGAUUCGUUGUCACUGAGAGUGGCACCUACCAGUGUGACAGACCCGGCACCGGGCGCAGCCCCCCCGUGAACGUCUCCAAUGCCUGCCUGGUGCUGCAGGUGCCGGCGCGGGCGCUGCUGGAGGGGGACACGGUGACACUGCGCUGCCGGAGCUGGAAGGACAAUCCGGUGAGCUGGGUGUCCUUCUACCGUGAGGAGAAACAACUGCAGCUGUUCCGCGAUGAGACCGAACUGUCCCUGUCCCCUCAGCGGCUGCAGGACAGCGGCCGCUACCGCUGCAGGGGCUGGGUGUAUUCCGAGGUGUCAUGGGGGUGGAUUAAGCUGGAGUCAGCGCCGGUGACAGUGACAGUGCACAAGCUGUUCCCGGUGCUGGUGCUGGAGGGUCCCCCCGAGCCCACCGAGGGGUCCCCCCUGAAUCUCCGCUGCCUCAGCACCCCCCGCCCCCUGCAGCCCCAAGCCCCCCUCCUGCACCUCUUCUACCGGGACGGGCGGUUGGUGGGGGGCCCGCAGGGGUCCCCGCAGCUCCUGCUGCCCGCCGUGGGGGUCUCCCACUCGGGGAAUUACAGCUGCCAGGUGCGCUCGGAGCAGGGGGCCGUGCGGAAGAGCAGCGCCCGGCUCCGCGUCACGGUGCGCAGGGUCCGGCUCUCGGGGGUGUCCGUGUCGGCGCAGCCCCCUGGGGGACAGGUGGCACUGGGGGACCGCCUGGUGCUGAGCUGUGCGGUGGCCACGGGGACAGGGCCCCUGUCCUUCUCCUGGCACCGGGGGGACUCGUGGGCACUGCUGGGCACCGGCCCCCACCUGGAGCUGUGCCACGUUGGGGACAAUGACAGUGGCCACUACCAGUGCCGGGCCAGCAAUGGGGACAGCGUGGCCGAGAGUGUCCCCCUGAAUGUCACAGUCCUGGUGCCCGUGGCCAAUGCCACCAUCAGCCCCAGUGCCCUGGCACAGCCGGUGUGCGCAGGUGACCCCGUGACCCUGCGCUGCUCGGUGCAGGUGGGCUCAGCCCCUGUCACCUUCACCUGGCUGCGCAACGGCCGCGAGGUGGCCCGGGGUCCCCUCCUGGAGCUCAGGGACUUCCAUGUGGGACAUUCCGGCACCUACCAGUGCGUGGCCACCAACCAGCUGGGACAGGACGGGCACUGCGUGUUCCGGGGGCUCAGCCCCGAGCUGGCACUGACGGUGACACCGCGGGGACACUGGGACACAGGUGGGGUCACUUGGCGUCGGGGGGGUGCAGAACCCCCAGGAUUCUAGGUGACCCUGAUGUGUGACCCCCUCUCUGUCUCCAGCAGUGGCCGCAGCGGUUGCCGGGUCCCUCCUGUUCCUGGUUCUGCUCCUGGGUGUCAUCGGGGGCUGUCA